ACACCUGGUGAUCUCAUCAAAAGGUUUGGACAUCUUGGCGUAACGGUUAAUGUGUUUGCUUGACGAGUCCGGAUCUGGGCUACCCACCGAAUUCGCUACGGUACAUUACAGGCAGUAAAAACUAAGGACAUGAAAGUAACCCACCGUGCGUUUCCGAUUAUUUCCUCACCACGCGCACAGAGAGUGGGAACCUUGAACGAAUAGAAUAGAUAGCAGGCACCGACAGGGGAGGCGGAACUUAAAACAAGCCUGACAGCUCAGCUAUAGUCCAUUUAUAAAUGCGGUUCAUCUCUCAAUGAACAUUUUUGUUUUACUACAAACUACAAGAGAUAAUUGAGUGCGCGUGAUUAUCUUAGAGAAAAAAAAGAGAAGAGACCGAGGAGUCAAGAAAAGAAGAGGAUAGCGUUGAGAGUAAAGAGGUGUAAAAUAUAUAYUUAAACACGGAAUUAAUUCACAGCGUGACACUCGACUCAACUGAUACCUGAGGGAGCAGACUGAGAGGACCACACACAGUGUAUCAUAACUGCUGCUUAGAGCAUGGAGCCAGACCAAUCAGAGAUGAGCAUCUUGGGACACUCGCCCAAUMGGAAAGGUCACGACCUAGAAGAUGACGCGUAUGUGCCCAUGAAGACCAUGGCAGAGGAAUUAGACACAAAUGGAACUCAAAUCGUCAGGUUUGAUGAUCCUGAUGCCAUCCUGGAGAAUGAGGAGUUUCUGCCCAACGGAGAUGGGAGGAAGCCCAUGCGCUUCACAGAUUUUGAGGGAAAGACGUCUUUCGGCAUGUCUGUGUUCAACCUGGGGAAUGCUAUCAUGGGCAGUGGAAUUCUGGGACUGGCUUAUGCCAUGGCCAACACUGGCAUCCUCCUCUUCCUGUUUCUUCUGACUGCUGUGGCGGCUCUGUCCUCCUACUCCAUUCACCUGCUGCUCAAAUCCUCUGGCAUUGUGGGGAUCCGAGCUUAUGAACAACUAGGCUAUAGAGCCUUUGGCACCACAGGCAAGAUGGCCGCCGGUAUCGCCAUCACACUACAGAACAUCGGAGCCAUGUCCAGCUACCUGUACAUCGUCAAGUCUGAGUUCCCAUUGGUCAUCCAG